UUUUCUCCCUUUUUCCACUUCACACAUAAACGCCGCGCCUCCUCCGUCGCUCUCGAAACGAAGAAGAAAGCUGAAACGGAGGCAGCGUUUCCCGGCGCCGAAAACAGAGCGGGAAAUUUUUUCUAGACAAGAACCCACCAUUUAAGUCACAAUGGUCGACAUCGACCGGAGGAUGACCGGUCUGAAUCCGGCCCACAUAGCUGGCCUACGUCGCCUCUCCGCUCGUGCCUCCGCGCCUUCCACCCCUUCUUCGCUUCCGGUGCGCAGCAGCCUACAGUCAUUCAGUUCGCUUGCCGAGAAGGUGAUAAUCCAUUUACGCAAUUCUGGUUUCCAGGUUCAGCCGGGUUUAUCGGAUGCCGAGUUCGCUAGAGCCGAAGCCGAGUUCGGGUUCGUUUUCCCUCCGGACCUUCGGGCUAUCCUAUCAGCCGGGUUGCCUGUGGGUCUUGGUUUUCCAGAUUGGCGAGCGACGGGUGCCCGUUUACAUCUUCGCGCCUCCCUGGAUCUCCCCAUCGCGGCAAUCUCGUUUCAGAUCGCGCGCAACACUUUCUGGUCCAAAUCUUGGGGGCCGAGACCAUCGGACCCGGAGAAGGCAUUACGGAUAGCGAGAAAUGCACUCAAGAGAGCACCCCUUUUAAUUCCCAUUUUCCACCACUGCUAUAUUCCUUGCAACCCGUCUUUAGCUGGUAACCCCAUCUUCUUCGUCGACGAAGCUCGGAUUUUCUGUUGCGGUUAUGAUAUUUCAGAUUUCUUUGACCGAGAAUCUCUAUUCCGGUGUUCGGAGUCGGACACGGAAUUCCUCAAGAAGCAGAGAUCUGUCAGUGAGAGAUCAGCCGGGUCGUCUUCGAAUUUCUCAAGAAGAAGCUUGGAUACGGGUGGUGUAGCCGGGUCAAGAACCCCAAGAUGGGUCGAGUUCUGGAGCGACGCGGCCGUUGAUCGUCGCAGGAGAAACUCAUCCUCGUCUUCGAGUUCGUCGCCGGAGAGGUACUUCGAGAUGCGGAGAUCCGAAAUUCCCAAAUGGGUCCAGGAGUACAUUGGACAAAUCGGGUCGGUUCUUAGAGAAGGGGGGUGGGACGAGUCCGAUAUAUCGGAUAUCGUCCACGUCUCAGCUUCAGGCUUUUUCGAAGGCGAAAUGGUUUUGUUGGACAACCAAGCCGUCCUCGAUGCCCUCCUUCUCAAAGCCGACCGGUUCUCAGAUUCUCUCCGGAAAGCCGGGUGGAGCUGCGAAGAAGUCUCCGACGCCUUAGGCUUCGAUUUCAAACCGGAGAAGGAGAGGAAACCGGCAAAGAAGUUGUCCCCUGAACUCGUUGAGAAAAUCGGAAAGUUGGCCGAAUCGGUUUCCCGGUCCUAGUACGGUCGAGAUUCCUUUGCAUUUCAUUUCUAAUAUUUUUAUUUUCAAAAAUAUUCAGGUUCUUGGGGUUGGGUUUGGGUUUUCCUAUUUUAGAUAAAAAAAUUAAAAAUAUGGGGAAAUGUGUUGUACCAUGAAACAGAGCGCAAAAAAUGCUUAAAAAACAGAGUCGAAAUUACAUGAUUGUUCAUAAUAUAUAAAUAAUUACUGAAAAAUACAAUAGCCAAUUUUUG